GGUGACUUUCGGUUUCGCCUCGGCAGGGCGUUGGAGCGGCUCCUGGACCGGCUGCGAGCGCUGCAGAGCGAUCUGCAUGGGGGCGCCUCCGCUUUGGGUCGUGCCCCUGCUGGCCUCCGCCGUCCUCCCGUGGGGGGGCUGCUCCGGCACUUCCUCGCAUUUCCUGCGCUACUUCCACAUGGCCAGCAUGGAACCCGGCCAGGAGCUGCCCCACUUCACAGCCGCCGGGUUUGUGGAUGAUGAGCUCUUUGCCAGCUACAGCAGUGACACGAAGCAAUACCAGCCUCGCACCUCCUGGGCGGAGAAGAACCUGGAUGCCUCUUACUGGGCAGGGCAAAGCAGGAUUGGGCAGAGCAAUGAGAAACUGUACCGAGUGGACCUGGUAAUCCUAAAGAAUCGCUACAACCAGAGUGGGGGGUUCCACAUGAUACAGUACAUGUCUGCCUGCGAGCUGACAAAAGAUGGACACAAAAGGGGGUAUUUGCACUUUGGCUACGAUGGGAGGGACUUCCUCAGCCUGGACAAGAAGACCUCGACCUGGACAGCAGGUGAUGCCAAAGCCCAGAUGACCAAGAGGAAGGUGGAUGCUGAUCGAACUAUGACCCAAGGCCGCCUGUACUACCUGGAGGAGAUCUGCAUUCAGUGGCUGCAGAAAUUCCUGGCCUACAGGAAGGAGACGCUGCGGAGGACAGAGCCUCCAACAGUGAAGGUGACGCUUAAGCGAGGCUAUGAAGACACAGAAACGCUGCUCUGCCGGGCUCAUGGCUUCUAUCCCAAGGAAAUUGCUGUUGUCUGGACAAAAGAUGGAAAAGCCUGGAUAAAGGACACCUUCCGUGGGACUGUGGCCCCCAACUCGGAUGGGACCUACUACACCUUGAGUGGCGUCACGAUUGACCGCAAGGACAGGAGGCAGUAUCGGUGCCACGUGGAUCACGGUGGCCUGCUGGAGCCACUCGACGUGGCCUGGGAGGAGCUUUCAGGUGAGUGACCACAGAAGAAACGAAAGGUUCUGGCCAGCCAGAAAGAAGGAACACAAAAGACACACAGCACAGCCUUCAGUAACACCACCGUACGGCACGCUGGCCUCACCCACAGGGCCCAGUUGGGAUGACACCUGGCUGCGCUGAGGGUGGAGUGGCGGAGGGCUCUGGCGAGGAACAUGCUGGCCAGCUGAGGGGCCGUCUCAGGUAGAGAGGAGG